AUGGCAGAUGUGGAGGGGCCUGGCAGAGGCAUGGCAGAUGUGGAGGGGCCUGGCAGAGGCAUGGCAGAUGUGGAGAGGCCUGGCAGAGGCAUGGCAGAUGUGGAGGGGCCCGGCAUGGAAUAUAAAACUCAUGUGAAAUACUGGUGCAGAUUGUAUAAUGUGAGUUCAUGCCCUCCCAUAGUACGCAGUGACUCUCCACAGGAGGGUAAAGUGUCAAUCAGAGAUGAUCCUGACCAGCGAGUCUUCACUGUGACCAUCAACAAUCUGACAGCUGGAGACUCUGGUACCUAUUUAUGUGGUGUGGAGAUCAGUGGAGGUUUAGAUGUUAUACCAUCAGUUUUCCUGUCAGUCACUGAAGGUGUGUCCACACUGAGCAGAGUGACUGUACAGAGAGGAGGAUCUGUCACCAUCCCAUGUUUCUAUGGUGACAGAUAUAAAACUCAUGUGAAAUACUGGUGCAGAGGGGAUUAUAGGGAUUCAUGUACUCCCAUAGUACACAGUGACUCUCCACAGGAGGGUAAAGUGUCAAUCAGAGAUGAUCCUGACCAGCAAGUCUUUACUGUGACCAUCAAUGAUGUGACAGCUGGGGAUUCUGACUACUACUGGUGUGGUGUGGAGAUCAGUAGAGGUUCAGAUGUUGGAGAUCAGGUUAAACUGUUGGUUACUCAUGGUUCCCCAUGGCUCUCAGUGGACAAACAGGAGGCGACGGGUGUGGAAGGAGACAGUGUCAGUGUUCAGUGUCGCUAUAGAAACAAUGAAAAUCAGGUGUUGUGGUGUAAAUUCUGGGGCUACUGUGCAUCAAAGAGAUCUGGGAAUUUGGAUGGGAGGCCUGUCCUGAUCAGGGAUGACAGAGUAAAUAGAGUCUUCAGUGUGACUAUGAGGGGACUGGAGAGGAAGGACACUGGCUGGUACUGGUGUGCAGCUCAAGACGAACAGAUCCCAGUUCAUAUUACUGUCAAACAAGGAGAGAAUAAUGAAAACCUGAGCUUGUUUCUGUAUGUAGGACUGGGCUUAUUGGUGCUGCUGUUGAUCAUCAUCAUCAUCACAUGGAAAGUGCGGGACAAACACAGUGAAUAUCUGCUGAUGCAGACGGUAUAUAAGUGACCCGACUGUCUGAGCAGUGAUGCAUGUCCCUCUGCACUCCUAUAGGGAGCAGCUAAAACUUCAUGCUUUUAUCCUUUUCCAAAGAUGGCUGGACAGGGGCACAGACAGUAGCAUUCAGACACACAGGUUAUACAAUAACAUUAAAACACAAAUUGUGGUCACAGCCUUUUUGAGAACACAGAGUAAAACACUAUACUAUUUUAGUUUUGUAAUUUGUUUUUUAUUCUGAUUGUUCUUAUUCGUUGUGUAAUUCUGUGCGGUGUCCUUGUGUGCUCUGAA